AGAAGAAAACGGCACCUCAAAAAAUAACUUUAAUGAUCUUCGUAGAUUUAUUGUACAACUAUUUGCCUCCUUUUUAUUUACCAUGACGUUCAACACUAACAACAGUAAUUACACUCGUCAAUGUCCAUACAUUCAUAUUUGAGGUACGUGAAAAAAAAGUGUAGAUAUUACAUUUAUUUAUUUUUUAAUCAACGAUAGGUUUCUUGUUUUUUGGGAGACUUUUUUAUAAAGUCGCUGAAUUUUUAAAUCAUUGACUUAGCUUGCAGUUCUCAGCAGAGGAAGCACAUUACUCCACUUGGAAGUGAAAGUCCACUGGGAGGAGCAAAGUAACACUGGAGCUUGCAAAUAGACGACGUACGGAUUUGUUUUGACGCCUUCUUUUCUGCCAUGUUUGUCAGAAGUGUUGCACAAAUCUGUCGUUCUGGUUUGAAAAAUGUGUGCAGUUCAGAACAUAUGCUGCCGUCAGUUGCUGCUAGACUGCAGCACAACGAUGCCCAAGAACUCGGCCAUCCCGUCCCCUCCACUCGUCUGGAGACGUCCAGUGCAAAGAACCUGACGGACAUUGGGACUCGCAGGAUUUUCAACGCGGACCACGACCUUUUCAGGCAGAGCGUGCGGCGAUUCUUCCAAGAGGAGGUGAUUCCGCAUCAUACGGAAUGGGAGAAGGCAGGCCAGGUGAGCCGGGAGGUGUGGCUGAAGGCGGGCGAGCAAGGCCUGCUGGGAGUUAUGACGCCAGAAGAGUGUGGUGGAAUCGGCGGGGACCUGCUCUCAGCGGCCAUCACAUGGGAAGAACAGAUGUACUCCAACUGUUCAGGCCCAGGCUUUGGGCUUCACUCCGACAUCGUCAUGCCUUACAUCCUCAACUACGGCACUAAAGAGCAGAUCCAACGCUUCAUUCCAAAGAUGACUUCUGGGGAAUGCAUCUGUGCCAUCGCCAUGACGGAGCCAGGAGCAGGCAGUGACCUUCAGGGUGUGCGGACAUAUGCCAAACAGGACGGCAGCGAUUGGAUCCUGAAUGGCAACAAGGUGUUCAUCACCAAUGGCUGGAUGGCCGACCUGGUGGUGGUGGUGGCCGUGACCAACCGCGAGGCAAAGACAGCAGCACAUGGCAUCAGCCUUUUCCUGCUGGAGGAAGGUAUGAAAGGCUUCCAGAAAGGUCGCAAGCUGGAAAAGAUCGGCCUCAAAGCGCAGGACACGGCUGAACUUUUCUUUGAGGACGUGCGGCUCCCAGCUGAUGCACUAUUAGGCGGAGUCAACAAGGGUUUCUACUACCUGAUGAAUGAGCUGCCACAGGAACGUCUGGUGAUUGCAGACAUGGCCAUCGCCAGCUGUGAGUUCAUGUUUGAGGAGACCAGGAGCUACGUGUUGCAGAGGAAAGCAUUUGGGAAGACAAUCGCUCACCUGCAGACCGUACAGCACAAACUGGCAGAGCUAAAGACAGAAAUCUGUGUGGGCAGAGCGUUCAUUGACAGUUGCCUGCAGCUGCACACUGACCGACGUCUUGACCCUUCUACAGCUUCCAUGGCCAAAUACUGGGCAUCUGAUCUCCAGAACAAGGUGGCCACGCAGUGCCUGCAGCUCCACGGUGGCUGGGGCUACAUGUGGGAGUACCCCAUCGCUAAGGCAUUUGUAGACUCCCGUAUUCAGCCCAUCUAUGGAGGAACCAAUGAGAUAAUGAAAGAGCUCAUUGCCAGGACCAUCGUCAGCCAGAAGUGAGAUGUCCCUCACUGUGUUAGUUAGAGGUUCAAGAUAGGAAACAAAUCAAAAAAAUAUUAUUACAGAUCAUUACCAAACCUGUUUCAAAGUGUAGGUUAGCGUCAGUUUGUGACUCCUAAUAAAAGUAAUUUAUUUUUCA